GAGACGUCUUUAGCGCGCCCGCGAACGAGAAAAGGCGCGGCCUCCUCAAUGCGCACGCGCGCUCCGACUUCUCGCGAAGCCUCCCUACCAAUCACAGAAACUUCCAGGGACAAAAUGGCCGCCGAGACUUAUUUGCCCCCAAGGAGCGAGAAACAAGCCAAAGGGCCGUCAAUGCGCAUGCGUCUCUUAGGACGUCUCGAGAUAGCCCCCAACGGGAUGAUACAAAAUGGCCGCCGGGACGUAUAUGGCGCUGACGAUCGCGGAAAAUAGGCGCGGAUUGCCUCACUGCGCACGCGCGCACGCCAGUUCUCCACAGAGAAACGUCGCGAGAUUUCCAGGUCGGAUCUCUCGCGGGAUGUCGCUGACUAGUUCUCGCGGUAGCGGGCGCGCGUUGCUCCCGUGUCUCGUGCGCGGCUCUGCCAUGACUGCGGCCCUGAUGGCGGUGAGGCAGCUGUGGAGAGCGGCCCUGCUGGCGCCCCGCCCGGUGCCAGGAGCCGAGCGCCGGACCCUGACGUCAGACCCACAGCACACCCCCAUCCCUCCUCCCGCGAAGUACGGCGGGCGUCACACCGUGACCAUGAUCCCAGGCGAUGGCAUCGGGCCGGAGCUGAUGCUGCACGUGAAGGAGGUAUUCAGGCAGGCCUGCGUCCCGGUGGACUUUGAGGAGGUGCGGGUGAGCUCGCAGGUGGCGGAGGAUGAUAUUCAGAACGCGAUCAUGGCCAUCCGGCGAAACCGCGUCGCCCUGAAGGGAAACAUUGAGACCAACCACAACCUGCCCCCGUCCCACAAAUCCCGGAACAACAUCCUGCGCACCAGCCUGGAUCUCUACGCCAACGUGAUCCACUGCCAGAGCCUCCCGCGGGUGCUGACGCGGCACCGGGACAUCGACAUCCUCAUCGUGCGCGAGAACACGGAGGGGGAGUACAGCAGCCUGGAGCACGAGAGCGUCUCCGGCGUGGUCGAGUGCCUGAAGAUCAUCACCAAGGCACGGUCCCUGCGCAUCGCCGACUACGCCUUCCGGCUGGCCCGCGAGGCCGGGCGCGCCAAGGUCACCGCCGUGCACAAGGCCAACAUCAUGAAGCUGGGCGACGGGCUCUUCCUGCAGUGCUGCCGGGAGGUGGCGGGCGGCUACCCGGAGAUCACCUUCGAGAGCAUGAUCGUGGACAACACCACCAUGCAGCUGGUGUCCCGCCCCCAGCAGUUCGACGUCAUGGUGAUGCCCAAUCUCUACGGGAACAUCGUGAACAACGUGUGUGCGGGGCUGGUCGGGGGCCCGGGGCUGGUGCCCGGUGCCAACUACGGGAGGGACUUUGCCGUCUUCGAGACUGCCACGCGGAACACAGGGAAGAGCAUCGCCCAGAAGAACGUCGCCAACCCCACGGCCACCCUGCUCGCCGCCUGCAUGAUGCUGGACCACCUCCGGCUCCACAGCUUCGCCACCACCAUCCGCCAGGCAGUGCUGGCCUCCCUGGACGACGAGGCGACCCACACGCCGGACAUCGGGGGCCAGGGCACCACGUCGGGGGCCGUCCAGUCCAUCCUGCGUCACGUCCGCACGGCCAGCGGCUGGAGCCAGUGCAGCUAGGGCCAGGGAGAGGACCCCACUCUCAGGCCAAGGCCAAGGGGCCGCGCAGGCCGGUGCCCCCCAGCCAGGCGAUCCAUGGGGCGGGCCUAUAGCCCCCCGCCCCCCCCCGUCCUUGUCAGUGCUGCUGUGUGCGUCGCCGUGGGGCCAGCGCCCCCCACGGGGAAUAAACGUCUCUCUCUCUCU